AUGGUUGUCAACAUAUCUCCACGCAAUAGCUUAAGCUCUAGAAGUAGACGGGGGUCUACGAUCAAUAACCUGUUGAACUCCAUGGGCAUCAGACAAGGAUCCAACGGGCCCGGGAUGGCACCCAUACCUGCUGGCUCAUCCGGGACCACGGAGCCCUUGAAUAACAACGGAGACAUGGCCGCUACCGGGCCUUCCCGCGCUACGGAGCCUUUUAACUCGGCGACAUUCGCGAGGUCCAACGAGGGACGCGAGGACAUGGCGGAAUCCAACGCAAUCGAGGAGCUGAGCUCUGACGACGACGAGGUUAACGGCGACAGAGACCGUGUACUCCGCGAUGAAAACGGAGCGCCAACAGCUGCAAACAUGCUAGGGACUACGCCCUUUGACCAAGGGAUCCAGAAUAGUUCGGUCCCGCUUUCAGUUAACAAUCUCGUCAGCGAACUUCCCAUCACACUUACACUAGGACAAAACGACGGUCCCGGGGGAGCUGGGCAGGUCUCAACCCUUACUCCCAACGAGUCGCAAAUGGUGCCCAAACAUGUGCGCCACUUUGUGUACGGCAACAAUCAGCCGGAGCCUGCCCUGGAUUUACUGGGCUUGGAACUCCCCCGCAACGCUGCCAUACCCGAGCCUGUUAGCGAGGAAGUGAUUCAAUCUCGUAAAGACAAAAGUGGGCUAUUCAGCCUAAGAUUAACACCUUUUUUGGACCAAUCGGCAUCAACGAAUCCAGGCUUAUAUUUCGAACCAAUUGUUAGAACGGCGGGUCCAUGUUCUCAAUUGGUCAUCGGGAGAUACACAGAAAGAGUUCGCGAGUCCAUUAAUAGAAUUCCAGAGCAUUUUCAUCCGGUUGUCUUCAAAAGUAAAGUAGUUUCGAGGACGCAUGGUUGCUUCAAGGUUGACCAGCAGGGCAACUGGUAUAUCAGAGACGUCAGAUCAUCGUCCGGUACUUUUUUGAACCACCACAGGCUGGCUCCUGCCUCUACAAUGUCAAAGGAUACUCCCAUACAAGAUGGGGAUGUCAUUCAGCUAGGUUUGGACUUCAGAGGCGGCACUGAAGAAAUUUACCGGAGCGUCAAGAUGAGGGUCGAAUUGAACAGGUCUUGGAAACGCCGCGCAAUGAGAUUCAAUCGUGAAGCCUUGCAAAGACUCAAGAAUUUACAAAAAAUGACAAGCGGUCUUGAAGAGGAGGACUGUUCAAUUUGUCUAUCAAAAAUCAAACCUUGUCAGGCUAUAUUUAUAUCUCCAUGCUCCCAUAGUUGGCAUUACCAGUGCGUUCGCAGACUGGUGAUGACUACUUAUCCACAAUUCGUAUGUCCCAACUGUAGGUCGAGCUGCGACUUAGAGGCCUCUCUGGACAGUGAUAUGGAUAGCGAUGAGAACGAUUUUGAAGUGUUGGCGGAUGAUGUUAAGGAUAUUGACAUGGCUCAGGAGAGCGAGUAA